GAGUCAGACUUUAGUGUACACACUUGUGUGGCUGAAGAGGACAAUUGUAGCCAGGGUGACUGGACAGAAUAGGUGGAAAGGGCCAGGAAAAGCUGGAAAAGUGAUACUGUACAUCUAAGGACUGUCUCUCUUCGGCUUGAAUUCAAAGGGAUCUGGCAAUGUCAAACACGGGUACACAUAACAGCAGAAACAAGAGAGUUCUAAUAAAGACUCCCAAGCAAUAUAUUUUUAUUGUGGUCUGAGGAUAGAAGGAGAAAUAGAAGAGACAAAAAGAGAGGGAUCGAAAAAAAGGUGGAGGAGAAAAAGAAAGGGAAAGGGAGGGGCGUUCUUGCAUUAGAAGGUGCCUGGUUUCCUUACAGUUGUAUUUGAAGGGAAUAGGAGAAAUCCAUCAUCUAAGAUCAUCUCAACAGGACAACACAUCUCCAUCGCUCUUUCUCGCUUUAUUGAUUUGGCAGUCCAUUGCAGGGAUAAAGGAGGACCCUGCUGCGAUGAAGAGACCUCACGAUUACAGUUCCCCAGAUUCGGACACAGAUGAACUUAUUGAUGUCGGACAAGAGGACAGCUACUGUAAAGCUGUGACACAAAUCAAGAGCAGACUGGGGACUCAUGCGUUCGUGAUUGGUCCCUUUGAAUUGCACCCUACCCUGUCACUGGGUCCAUGUCUCCAGGCAGUACCUCACAGAUCCUGGCUCGCAAGAAGAGAAGAGGGAUAAUUGAGAAGAGACGCAGGGACAGAAUCAACCACAGUCUGUCAGAGCUGAGGAGGCUCGUUCCCAGUGCCUUCGAGAAACAGGGCUCGUCUAAACUGGAAAAGGCUGAGAUUCUUCAAAUGACAGUGGAUCAUCUGAAACUGUUGCAUGCCAUGGGUGGCAAAGUCUACUUUGAUGCUCGUGCUCUGGCGGUGGAUUACAGGACGUUGGGUUUCCGGGAGUGUGUGGGAGAGGUGGUGAGAUACCUUAGCUCUCUGGAGGGGGUUGAAUCCUCAGACCCCAUCGGCACCCGCCUCGUGUCCCACCUCAGCCACUGCGCCAGUGAGUUGGACCCUCUCCUCCAGAGCCCCGCUGCUCUGCCUUUCCCUCCCUGGCCCUGGCCCUCCUUACCUCCAGCCUCCUCUGCCCCCUUUCCCCCAACUUCUCGCCAGGAUCUGGCCCCCCAUGCCACCGCCACCCUGCUGGGCUACCCAUCACUAGCCCUGCGAGUGGGAUCUCUGAGCACCCAGGGGGCGAUAUUGAGUCCAGCUCUGACCACUGUGUGUCGAGUGCCCUCUAUCCCCAGCCAUCCUCAUAGACUUCAACAGCAUUUGCCAAAUGGACCCACAAUCCCAUCACCUGUCCAGUCUGUUCCACCACCCUCAUCAUCUUGCUCUUCCUCCUCCUCUUCCACUGCCCCUCCCCAAGUUUCCUUCAGACCCUUUGCCCCUCUGGGUUCUCCAGUCUCAGCUCGCAGGGGUUUGGGUAACUCCAGUAAGCCCGCACAGGCAUGGGGCACAGAAAUAGGGGCAUUCUGAUUCAUCUUUAUGGAACAGCUUGGAGUUAUCACAGACCAUAAGGAAAAAUAUAUUAUUUGGUAAUUUGGACCCACACAUGACUAUUACCAAUGACCACUGCACACAUACAAAUGUAAGCAUUAGGAAAAACAUGCUGUGUUGUAAACUUUUAAUUAAAUUGUUUAUUCAGUUCUUUCCACAGUUCUCCAAUGGCAUUCAGAAAUAAUAAAAUAAGACAGAGAGAGAAAAAAAAAUUAAUCCAGGCAGGAAUAAAAUUAACUGCAGAAUCAUAGGUUAAAGUCAGCCUUUGAAAAAAAUCCAUGCGAUAUAGACUCCAAGAGAGACCAGAUGUGAUUAAAUCUGAAGUGUGUACACUGCAAAAAAUUUAGUUUUUCUUGUUUUCCUAUAAAAUUAUCGAAACGUUCUCAAAACGUGAUUUAUUUACUUGUCAAGCAAAAUGGCAUAAGAUAUUUUGUCUUGUUGUAAGAGAAAUCUGACAAAAUUAAGUGAAUUUUAAACAUGUUUUUCCUCUGAAUUAAGUUUAUUUUUCUUACCCCGUUGGCAGUUUGUUCUUGUUUUAAGCAUUUCUCUUACUAGAUUCGGUUAGAGUUCUCUCAAAACAAGACUUAAAAUCUUAAGGAAGUUUGCUUGUCAAGUAAAUAAAUCACGUGUUAAGAAAGAUACAAUUUGUAGAUAAUUUUAAUGGAAAACAAGACAAAAAUAUUUGUCUUGAAAAUUAUUUUUUGCAGUGUAAUUUCUGCACCACUACCAUCGCUAAACAGAACUGCAAAAAUAAUAAUUUCAAAAAGGUUGUCAGAGAGUUAGCCCCACCCCAACAAUCACGCCAUUGGAUGAGACAAUGUUGCUGUGUCUGGGUGGUCGGGAUGCCACAGUAUUUUCACUUUUUGGGGAAAUCAGUUAACAGUCAUCUGCAUAUUAAGCUGGCAUAGGAUAAAGUAUUUUAACAUAACAAAAAAAAAAAAAAAAAAAAAAAAAAAACUCACUUCAGCUUUAAGGAACUGCUCAAAGCAUUUAGUGCUUUGAAACUAGGAUCUGAAGUCCUAAUACUGGAACUUUCUAGAUCUCUGAUCUUUUAUCUUAUAUAUAAAUAUAUAUAUAUAAGUGUAUUUGUUUACUCUUUCCUUAUAUGUUAAAUUCACAUGAAUCGUGACAAACAUGAUAGAUCACACAUUUGACAUGGAAAUUCUUGAGGAGAUUAAAUACAGAGAAAUGUGCCAUAUCAAAACUGUGUUCCUCUUGAGCUAUAAUGUAAUGCCUUUAUGCGACAGUGCUCAUUAGUGUGUGCAAGUAUAUCAGGCCUUCAGUAGAUGGCACCACUCUAGCACAAUCAUACGCAUUAUUUUGUGAACGCCUAACAUCUCUCUUUUCCUGGCUCGCAUAAUCAAUAGAAAAGCAAUUGUCUGUUGUUGUUGUUUUUUUUUUUUUU